AUGAAGGGAGCCAAGCAUAGCGAUGGAUUUGGUACUCUGGCCAUUCAUGCUGGACAAGAUCCAGACCCAACCACUGGAGCAGUCAUUCCUCCCAUCAGUAUGGCAACGACGUUUGCUCAAGCUGCUGCUGGUGUUCACAAGGGAUUUGAAUAUUCAAGAUCAGGAAAUCCUACUCGACGAGCAUUUGAAACUGCAGUCGCUGCCUUGGAGAAUGGAAAAUAUGGCAAGUUUUCUCUCGCAUUCGCAUCUGGAUCAGUUACCACGGCUACAGUAGCACAUCUGGCUUCUGCUGGCUCGCACGUCGUAUCAGUCAACGACGUAUAUGGUGGAACAUAUCGAUAUUUCACCAAAGUUGCUGCCGGUAAUGGUGUGGAGUGCUCGUUUGUGGAUUUGGAACAUGCUGAGAAUAUUAGGAGUGCGUUUAAGCCUAAUACCAAGUUGGUAUGGAUUGAAACUCCUACCAAUCCUACAUUACGAAUUGUCGAUAUCGCUGCUGUUGCCAAGAUUGUACAUGAAGUUCCUGGACGUAUAUUGGUUGUUGAUAAUACCUUCUUGAGUCCGUUCUUCCAGAAACCUCUGGAGCUUGGAGCUGAUAUUGCUGUUCAUUCUGUUACCAAAUAUCUGAAUGGACAUUCAGAUGUUGUGAUGGGUGUUGCUAUUACUAGUAAUGAUGCCAUCUAUGAACGACUCAAGUUCUUCCAAAAUGCUAUUGGUGGUGUACCGAGUCCUUUUGACUGUUUCUUGGCUAAUCGUGGUAUCAAGACCUUACAUCUAAGAAUGAAACGCCACGAAGAAAACGCCCUCGCAAUAUCCAAAUACCUCGAAUCCUCCCCUCGCGUAUCUGAAGUCAUAUAUCCAGGCCUUUCUUCACACAAACAACACGCAACAGCCCGAAAACAACAAUCUGGAUUUGGAGGAAUGAUUUCCUUCCGUAUCAAGAAUGCUGAUUUGGAUGUAUCCAAUCGGUUCUUGGCUUCGCUACGACUGUUUUGUCUUGCUGAAUCGUUAGGUGGUGUUGAAUCUCUGGCUGAAUUGCCUGCUGUUAUGACACAUGCUAGUGUGUCGCCUGCUCAACGGGCAGAGUUGGGGAUUACGGAUUCGUUGUCUGUAGGCAUUGAAGAUGCCAAAGACUUGAUUGCGGAUAUCGCUCAAGCAUUAGAGAUUGCAUCUGGUUCUUCUAAACUCUGA